AUGAUUGCGGAACGGCGAUCCUCUGGUGAUGCUCACGAUGACAUGCUGGAUGCUCUCUUGAGAAGCGGUGAUGACGGGACCAGGGAAAAGAUUAGCGAUGAGAAGAUCAUUGACUUGCUCAUCGCCCUCAUCUACUCCGGAUACGAAACCAUGUCGACCACUUCGAUGAUGGCUGUCAAGUACCUAUCGGAACAUCCGCGGGCCCUCGAAGAACUUAGGAGAGAGCAUCUUGAUAUCAGGAAGGGAAAAUCGCCGGACGAAGCCAUCAGCUACGAUGAUUUCAAGUCCAUGGCCUUCACUCGAGCUGUCAUUUUUGAGACGCUAAGAUUAGCCACAGUUGUGAAUGGACUGCUGAGGAAAACUACCAAGGAUGUAGAAAUGAAUGGGUAUGUCAUUCCAAAAGGCUGGAGAAUCUAUGUUUACACAAGGGAGGUAAACUAUGAUCCGUUCAUGUAUCCUGACCCGAUGACCUUCAAUCCGUGGAGAUGGCUGGAGAAGAACAUGGAAUCGCACCCGCACUUCAUGUUGUUCGGAGGGGGCGGCCGGAUGUGCCCCGGGAAGGAGGUGGGAACUGUCGAGAUCACGACUUUCCUCCACUAUUUCGUGACCCGAUAUAGAUGGGAGGAAGAAGGCAAGAACACAAUCUUGAAAUUUCCCCGGGUCGAAGCGCCCAACGGGCUGCAUAUCCGAGUUCAAGAUUACUGA